UACUGGGUUCUAGAUGACACAGUCUUUCUACCUUAAAAUGACUCCCCUUCACCUAACUAUGCACUCAUAUAUAUAACCUCACCCCUCUUCACCUUUUGCUCAAUUCCUCCACCUUGGUACAUUUCUCUCUUGUUAUUCAAAACCAAGCCACAAACACAUACACACUGGAACAAUGACACCCAAAUACCUCUUCCAAUUCUUCUUUUUCGUGAUCUUCAACUUCCAUUCAGGCAUAGUUUCUGCUCAAUCUCCAGCAGUUGCUCCGGCGCCAUCAGGCACCAAUGUGACUGCGGUGCUUGAAAAGGCCGGUCAAUUCACUACAUUCAUCAAGCUUCUGAAAAGUACAAAGACAUCCGACCAAAUCAACACCCAGCUGAGCACAUCAAACCAAGGCAUCACCAUCUUCGCACCAACUGACAAUGCCUUUGCAUCCCUCAAAGCAGGCACACUAAACUCCAUUUCAGAACAACAAAAGCUCCAGCUACUCCAGUUCCAUAUCCUCCCCACGUACUAUAGUACCUCACAGUUCCAAACAGCCACCAAUCCUUUACAUACACAAGCCGGGAAUAGCGAUGAUGGACAGUUCCCACUCAAUGUGACCACAUCAGGCACCCAAGUGAACAUAACAACUGGGGUUGUCACUGCCUCAGUGGCUAAUACCAUAUUCACAGACAACCAGCUAGCUGUGUAUCAGGUGGACCAGGUGCUCCUUCCCUUGGCAAUUUUCGGCUCACCAGCGCCCGCUUCAGCGCCAGCUGCUACCAAAAAGAGUGUCAAAGGUUCUGAUGCUCCUGUCGCAGGGUCGUCGUCCGAUGACAGUCCUGCCGAUGCUUCUACUGCUGCAGGGCUGAAGCACCAGACAGUGAAAGCAGUGUCCCUGGGAUUAGCAAUGCUUACAGCAUUCUUGUUGUGAUGAGAUUUUGAGCUGAACAACUGUAAUCAUUUGAACUUUUGAUUUGUUUUCGGUUGUUUCCUUUGCCUAUUUAUGCUAAGAAUUUUGUACUGCUGCUAUUAUUUGAACUCCAUGGCCCAUUGUUCUUUUGAAUAACAUUCAGAUAGUACCUUCUGCAAUGAAACUCAUCCUCAUUCACUAACAGUGCAGUGACAAAUUUUCCUGAAACAAAAGUUUCACUACGGAUUUUGGUCACAAAAAUUUGAAACAUGGGACGAUUCCUAGACCGCAAAAUGAGGCUGUUCCGACCAUUCUGCUAUACAAAUCAAUUUUCCCAGAAAAUAAAACAUAUCAGCUGUGUUAAAGUUUCUAAUUAUCUGUGAUGAAAACGCCUUGCACAUGUAUAUGUUUCUGUAUAGAAAAUUCAACUGAUUCAUUUGCUAAUCGGAACCAAUCUGAACAUACGAGGGUACAUUCAACAUAUACAGAAAUGGACCCAAAUCCAUUUCGUUUGAUGAACUAAUAGAAUUUCCAGACUCGAGCAUUGUAUGGAUCAUUGUCCAUGUACACCUGUUAGCGGAUAUUGGCUCGGGGGCUUCCAUUGAAUGACACAAUUUAUACCACUUUUGUUAGCUCAAGCAUCUGGACAGAAGGAAGCUAUUCUUCAGUUAAAAGAAAAUCAAAACUGGAAAUCAAAUCCACCAGGAAAGCCUCCACCAAACCCUCCGCCGCCGCCACCAGGAAAGC